AUGGCGUACGCAAGGACUGAGUUGCCACUGAACGGUGAGCGUGAGACCGGCGCUGAUGUCCGUACGCAAAAUGUCAUGGCUGCUGUAGCCAUUGCGAAUGUAGUGAAAAGUUCCUUUGGGCCCAUUGGUCUCGACAAGAUGUUAGUUGAUGAGAUUGGAGAUGUCACGAUCACCAACGAUGGAGCGACGAUUCUGAAGCUUCUUGAAGUUGAGCAUCCAGCGGCGAAAGUCUUAGUAGAACUUGCAGAUUUGCAAGAUAAAGAAGUAGGUGAUGGUACUACGACUGUAGUUAUAUUAGCAGCUGAGUUACUUAAAUAUGGCAACGAGUUGAUUCUUCAAAAGAUCCACCCCUCCUCUGUGAUCAGUGGGUUUCGCCUUGCGAUGCAAGAGGCCGUCAAUUUCAUCCGAAAGAUAGUAGUCCACACAGAUGGGCUUGGGCGCAACGUAUUAGAACAAGCUGCUGCGACAUGCAUAUCUUCGAAGGUCAUUGGUGGAGUUGAUUCCGAACACUUUUCUAAAUUGGCUGUUGACGCGAUGCUGCGAGUGAAGAGGAUUGUGAACGGGAAGGCGAAGUACCCAGUAGAUGGUGUAGUUGUCUUAAAAGCGUUUGGGAAGUCAUCCAAGGAGAGUGUAUUAAUCGACGGUGUUGCUGUGAAUUGCACUAUAGCGUCUGAGCAGAUGCCGAAGCAUAAGGAGAACUGUCGUGUAGCGUUACUGGACUUCAGUUUGAUGAAAGAAAAAAUGCGCCCGGGAGUGCAAUUAGUGCUGACGGAUCCGACUGAAAUCGAGAAGUGCCAAGACCAAGAGAUGGCGAUUAUAGUGAGACGCAUUCAAAUGGUUAUAGAGUCAGGAGCGAAUGUAGUGUUUGUGUCUGGAGGGUUGGACGAUAUGUGUGCGAAGUACUUUGUAGAGAAGAACAUAGUUGUAGUCAGGAGAGUGUCGACGGGGGAUUUGAGACGUAUUGCAAAGGCUACUGGAGCGACUGUAGUUGAGUCGUUAGUGAACUUGGAAGGCAUUGAAAGCUUUGAACAGAGCAAUUUAGGGAAAUGCGGGACGUUUGAUCAAGAAAGAAUUGCAGAUAAUGAGUUGAUUGUCUUGAGAGGAUGCGGAGAUGGAGCGUCAGCUACUAUUUUACUGAGAGGAGCAAACACAUCGAUGUUGGACGAAAUGGCGAGAAGCUUACAUGACGCGCUGUGCGUGUUAAGAAGAGUGUUGGAAAGUAACACCGUCUCGGUGGGUGGAGGAGCAGCGGAUGUUGCGUUGAGUGUCCAUCUGAGCGAGUACGCAACGACUUUGGAAGGAAGAGAACAACUUGCAGUACAAGCAUUUGCGGACGCGCUGUGCGUCAUCCCAAAGGUGUUGGCGCAAAAUGCGGCGAAAGACGCAACAGAGUUACUUGCACAAAUGAAAACAAAACACUACGCAGCACAGAAAAAGGAAGAGAAGUGCUAUAUUGGACUCGACUUGAUCAAUGGAAAGGUCAGAGAUAACUUGGAGGCGGGAGUAGUCGAACCAGCUGUCUCUAAGGUCAAGUGCAUCAAAUUUGCUACAGAGGCCGCAAUCACUAUCCUCCGUAUCGAUGAUAUGAUUAAACUCAACCCAGAACCACAGCCACAAAGAGGACAAGAUUACUAA